AUGUUCCGGAAACCAUUUUCGGUGAAGAAGAACAAUAAUAUGAGGAAUUCCGAUGUAAGGAAGCUCCUUCAGAGACUUCCACCGGAAGUUGGAGAGCUGAUUCCUAAAAAGGCCCUUGUUGCUCAUGCAAAGUUUGUCACAUUCAAUGGUGCCAAUUUGAAUGUGUAUCUGGUCGACAAGGAACCAAUGUUCUUCGAUUUUGAUGCCGAAGGUGUAUUGUUUCCAACGAUAUAUUGCACGAAAAUGGCUCCUACUGUUUUCCCUAUGCUUCUUGUGCACGAACCUGUUCUCGCCCAUCUACAGAAUGGGGCAGACCUCAUGCUCCCAGGUGUUAUUCGCAAUCAUGAUUUACCCAUUCGGGAGUUUGCUCGUGGUGAUGUUGUUACCAUUUCGAUCCUGACCAAUGGGCAGAUUAUGGGACCAGUGGCGAUUGGUGCCGCACUUAUGUCUUCCCAAGAGAUGACAACGAGCAUGUUUACGGGGAAAGGAGUCCAACCGCUACAUAUUUACAAAGACUUCUUAUGGUUAGAUCAGGUGCCAAUGGAUGUAGGUCAGUUCUACGCUCAAUGUCUACUGAAAUGUGUUCCAAAUGGGAAACGUUUAGAAAUGAAAAGGACUAAGUACAAGAAGUUCAGCGUGUUCCUUGACGAGGUGUUCAAAAACCAUCCUGCUCUCCGGUCAUUUGUAGUCACAGAUGAGAUAACGAAAGAUGAAGAAGCUGAGCAAUCGAAGUCAGGCCCCAAGAUCUACGAUUACUUCUCGGUUUGUUUUCCUUCUUUAUCUUUUAAAAAUAUUCUCUUUCAGGAAUUGAAUCAGGGCAAACAUGUACGAUUGGAUCCGAUUCUUGCCCAGGUGACGAGAAUUUCAGAUGAUACUACAGACUGGAAUACCCUUAUACAGAAAAUUCAGAGCAAAAUGACGAAAACUUUCGUUAUGCGGAUGCCAGAUGGUAGAGAGAUCAUCAGAAAAAUUACCAUGCCGAGGGUUGUUUUUAAGGUGGAAACUCGUUCAGGAAACAAGAAGGUGACUUUGAUAAACAAUUUAUCAGCUUUCGGUAUCGAGGUAAAGAAGUUGUGCCAUCAAAUACAGGUGGAAGCAGCGACGAGCGCUACUACUACUAACGAAGCGGUCAACUGUGAAGGACCACAAGUUACCGUUUUGGGAAACCACGUCACCUACCUCGGCGAUAUGCUUUCAAAAGAGUAUGGCAUCGAUAAGAAGUAUAUGGAUGGACUAGACCUUGGAAUAAAAAAGAAGAAAAAGUAG